CAACCCACUGGAAUUAAGAACAACACGACUGCUGGGAGGAUACAGAAAUGAAAAUGGGAGUUGUACGCAAAAGGAAAAAAUUAGCAUGCUGUCCACCUUCAUCGUACCAUUUAAGUUUAUCAACCCUGGGGCAAGCAGCAUGGAUGAUGAAGACAAUUUAAGUACCAGCAGUGCAGAGGUAAAGGAAAACCGAAAUGUUAGGAACCGAGAGGACCUGGCCUUAUCUACUGACAGACCGAAGGUUGGACCAACCAGUCUCAAACGAAAGAGGCCAUUGGAGGAAGGUAAUGGUGGGCAUUUCUGCAAACUACAGAUAAUACUAAAGAAACUAUCAUGGUCAGUGACACCAAAAAAUGCUCUUGUUCAGCUUCAUGAAUUAAAACCUGAUCUGCAAUACAGAAUAGUUUCACAGACUGGCCCGGUACACGCCCCGGAGUUUUCUGUAGCAGUGGAAGUAAAUGGACUCACUUUUGAGGGCAGUGGACCUACAAAAAAGAAAGCAAAAAUGAGGGCAGCUGAGUUGGCUUUAAAAUCAUUUGUUCAGUUUCCAAAUGCUUGCCAAGCACAUUUUGCAAUGGGAAACUGCAUCAGCCCAUCAACUGACUUCACAUCUGACCAGGCAGACUUCCCAGAUACUCUGUUCAAAGAGUUUGAACCAUCUACACACAGCGAGCACUUCCCAGGCUAUAGCCCAGUUAAUAAUGAAUUGCUUUCCAGUGCAUAUGUAUCUCGACAUGGGAGAUUACUCUGUCACACGUUGGAUUUAAUGGGCCAUACCAAACAAAGCAAGCACAAGAUGGCAUCCGCAGCUGAGAGUGAGAAGAACCCAGUGGUGAUGUUAAAUGAGCUGAGACCUGGGCUGAGGUAUGUCUGCCUUUCAGAAACUGUGGAGAAGCAGCAUAUAAAAUGUUUUGUGAUGGCAAUGAGAGUGGAUGGGAGGACAUUUGAAGGUUCAGGACGGAGCAAGAAGUUGGCCAAAGCCCAAGCUGCGCAAGCUGCACUACAGGCACUCUUCAAUAUUCAGCUGACCAGCCACAUACCCAACAGGAGUAAAUGUAACCACUUAUCACAGGAAUUUGCAGACUCCAUAUAUCAGCUGGUAAUACAAAAAUUCCAGGACCUCACAGAAAACUCCUCAGUAUGCACACGUCACAAAGCCCUAGCAGCCAUUGUCAUGACCAAAGGUUUAGACCUGAGGCAGGCACAGGUCAUUGCCCUGUCUUCUGGCACCAAAUGCAUCAAUGGAGAAUAUCUUAAUGACCAAGGGCUGGUGGUCAAUGACUGCCAUGCGGAGGUUGUUGUGCGAAGAGCUUUCAUCCAUUUCCUUUAUACUCAGCUGGAGCUACAUUUAAGCAAGCACAGAAGUGACUGGGAGAGAUCUGUUUUCAUCCGGUUAAAAGAAGGAGGCUUCCGACUGAAGGACAGCGUCUUAUUCCAUCUGUAUGUUAGCACAUCGCCAUGUGGAGAUGCUCGGAUCAACUCUCCCUAUGAGAUAACAUCUGAUUUGAACAAGUGCAAGCACAUAGUGAGGAAAUUUCGAGGUCAUCUUCGUACAAAGAUAGAGUCUGGAGAAGGAACGAUUCCAGUGAGGACUCGGCCUGCAGUACAGACAUGGGACGGUGUAUUAUCGGGAGAGCAGCUAGUCACAAUGUCUUGUACAGACAAACUGACCAGAUGGAAUAUCCUGGGGUUACAGGGUGCUCUUCUUAGUCACUUCAUCGAGCCUGUUUACGUGCACAGCAUUAUCGUCGGCAGCCUACACCACACAGGCCACCUGUCCAGGGUAAUGCGCCACAGAAUAGAAGAGAUUGGUAAAUUGCCAGCACCGUAUCGGCAUAAUCAUCCUCUCCUUAGCGGUAUAAGCAAUGCUCAAGCUCGUCAACCAGGAAAAUCGCUAGAUUUUAGCAUGAACUGGAUUAUGGGAAGUUCAGAUCUGGAAGUUAUUAAUGCAACAACAGGGAAAAGAAGCUGUGGAAGUUCAUCCAGACUCUGCAAGCACUUACUAUAUGUUCGGUGGUCGAGGCUUUAUGGAAAGCUGAGCUCACGAUCUCCGAGUCAAGAAGAAAUGCCUUCAGUGUACUGUGAAGCCAAGAUGGUAAAUACAACUUACCAAUGUGUGAAGCAACAGCUUUUUAAAGCCAUUCAGAAAUCAGGCCUUGGCACAUGGGUGAAGAAGCCUCCUGAGCAAGAUCGAUUUUUACUAACUCUGUAAAUUCGGGAUAGAACUUUAUCAUUUUACCAUGAUUCUUCUGGAAUAAUACAAAUUGGCAGAAUUUUUAUGCCUCUUGUGCAAACUUUGUUAACAAUAUACAUAAUUAGAUUAUUUUUGUAAUGCAGUUAAUACAUAAUAUCAA